GCGAACGCAAAACCAAAAUUCACUCUGUUUUUCGCAGCAUUACGUUUUUCAACGCGGCCGCGUAAAUAACAAGGAAAGCAGCGCGCGCGGAACGAUCAGCGGUGGAAUUCCAAUUGGAUGGGAAACGCAAAGCGGAGAAAAACGAGAAACCGACAAACAGAAAACAGAGAACAGAGUCGAAAGACGCAAAAAUCGUGAAUUAAACAAAAAGCGGAGAAAACCAAAAUUCACAAAAAUGCCGAGGUGAAAUUACGUGAAAUAAUUCAAUUAAUUCAUUUUUUGCGGACAACAAAACGUCAAUACCAAAAAAAAAAAAUUCAGAAAUAAUGGUUGUAUUUUGUUGUUACGUGAACGUUGCGUUUUUGAAUUUAUGAAUCAAUUCUUUAUUGCAUCCCGCCGCGUCUUAUUUUGAAUCAUUUCUUUUUUUGCCACUUUUUUUUACUGUGUAUGUGCGAAGACAACAACAAACAUAAUGCUAACAGAAACAACAACCACAACAGCGACAACAAAACAUAAACAACAACAGUAAACAGACUUGAAACAUCGGCGGCAAGCGGCUAAAAAACUCAACUGUGCAAUUUAAAAUAUAACCAAGUAUUACACACAAAAAAAAAUAUAAUGCAAAAUUUGUCAAGUGUCGACGGCAAAAGUUGCUCAAUAUGAGCAAAAAAAGCAGCAACAACAACGACAGCAAUAAAGCUGCCCCACAACAACAACAACAGCAAAUAAAAAUUGGAAAAGUGCAACAAUACAAAUGAAGCAUAUAUGAAAUAAAAUCAAAAUAACAAAAAAUAAAAUCCAGCCAAAAAAAUUUAAAAUUUAAAAAUAAUUUUUUUCUCCCCUCCAAUUGCCUGGCAAUAUCUAUUUGUUUAUAUAUAUAUAUAUAUAUAGCAUUACCAUCUUCAUAUAUAUCAAUUAUAUAUGUAAUUGUAUUAUAUAUUUGUGUAUCUGUGUGUGUGUAUUUUCGUGUGCAUUCCAUCCAUUAAUUCUAUAACUCAAUCUAUGAAAAAAACCUUAACGAAAUAAUUUACUAAAAACGAAAAACACAUAAAAAUAAAUUUACAAAAAAAAAACCAACAACCGAAAACGAACAAUAAAAACCGCAUGUAAAACGCGUAAACAUAAAUAAAUACCAAAAAAAUUACUAUUUACAAUUUACAAUACAACCGUGAAACAAACGAAAAUAAUCUGAACCACAAAUCGUGCACCAAAAUGGCGGACAUCAUGCGUCCGCCGUACAGUGAGAUCAAACGGCCGGACGAAAUCGUCAGAAUGACAACAGCCGACAAUCUCAAGUUCGCCGUCCUCAUCGGCCUCAUCGAGGUUGGCCAGGUGACCAACCGGGAGGUGGUCAAUACCGUCCUGCAUUUGCUGGUCGGCGGUGAAUUCGAUAUGGAAUUGAAUUUUGUGAUACAGGAUGCGCAGAAUAUCAAACAUAUGCUGGAGCUACUGGAUCAUUGUCCGCCCAAUUUGCAGGCGGAGAUUUGGAGCGUAUUCAUUGCCAUCCUGCGCAAAAGCGUCCGCAAUUUGCAGGCCUGCACCGAUGUCGGCCUCAUCGAGCAUGUCCUCGUCCGCCUGCAGCGCUCCGAAACGGUUGUGGCAGAUCUUCUCAUCGAGAUGCUGGGCGUCCUGGCCAGCUAUAGCAUAACGGUGAAGGAGCUGAAGCUGCUCUUUGGGACGAUGAAGGCCACCAAUGGCAAGUGGCCGCGUCACUCGGCCAAGCUGCUGAACGUCCUCCGGCAGAUGCCACAUCGCAACGGACCGGAUGUGUUCUUCAGCUUUCCGGGCCGCAAGGGAUCGGCCAUGGUCCUGCCGCCGUUGGCCAAAUGGCCCUAUGAGAAUGGAUUCACCUUCACCACCUGGUUUCGGCUGGAUCCCAUCAAUUCGGUGAAUAUCGAAAGGGAGAAGCCUUACCUGUACUGCUUCAAGACAUCGAAGGGUGUGGGCUACACGGCGCAUUUUGUGGGCAAUUGCCUCGUCCUCACCUCGAUGAAGGUCAAGGGCAAGGGCUUUCAGCAUUGUGUGAAAUACGAAUUCCAGCCACGAAAGUGGUAUAUGAUUGCCAUAGUGUAUAUAUACAAUCGUUGGACGAAAAGCGAAAUCAAGUGCCUCGUUAAUGGACAGCUGGCCUCUUCAACUGAGAUGGCCUGGUUUGUUUCCACAAACGAUCCCUUUGACAAGUGCUACAUUGGAGCCACCCCCGAAUUGGACGAGGAGCGCGUGUUCUGUGGCCAAAUGUCGGCGAUCUACCUUUUCAGCGAGGCCCUGACCACGCAGCAGAUCUGUGCGAUGCACCGCCUGGGUCCCGGCUACAAGUCGCAGUUCCGGUUCGACAACGAGUGCUAUCUAAAUCUGCCGGACAAUCACAAGCGGGUGAGUCACUUUCAACUUCUGCCAGCGACCUUGGGGGCGUCAGCACUGCCGGGCGGCAGUGGGAGUGGCACCGGAAGCGGUAGCGAUGCGGCAGCAGCGGCGGCAGCAGCCGUUGCCGCCGGACAGCAACAACAGUUGCAGCUGCAAUUCCAAACGCUGGCCGCCGAACAGGAGGCGCGGGCGAUCGAUUGGUCCGAUGAGAAACUCGAUUUGAAUGCGGCAUUUGUGAAAAUUCGAGCGGUCUUAACCGCACGCAAUGCAGUGACCUUGGCGGUCACCGGAAGUAGCAGUGGCAGCACCCCCACUGCAGCAGCAGCAGCAGCAGCAGCUGGAGCAGGAGCAACUACUGCAGCAGCAACAUCUGCUGCUGCCACAGCGGCAACACAAAAUGAAAACGAUGCAGCAGCAGCAGCAGCAGCAGCAGCGGUACAACAGCAGCAACAUGCAACAACAUCUGGCAACGCUGACGAUCCGCUCGGCCAUUUGCCCACCGGAAAUGCUUCUUCUUUUGAGCAACUCCGUCGAAUGUCCAGUGUGAGCAGCUUGAACUCAGUGUUGGGAACCGCCGACACUGAGGAGGUCAACCAGCUGAAAGCUGUCCUGUACGAUGGCAAACUAUCGAAUGCCAUUGUGUUCAUGUACAAUCCGGUGGCCACCGAUGGUCAAUUGUGUCUGCAAUCGUCGCCCAAGGGAAACGUUUCAUAUUUCGUGCACACACCGCAUGCGCUGAUGUUGCAGGAUGUAAAGGCCGUGGUCACGCACUCGAUACACUGCACCCUCAACUCGAUUGGCGGCAUCCAGGUGCUGUUCCCGCUCUUCUCGCAGCUGGACAUGGCCCACGAGGGUCUGGGCGACAUCAAGCGGGAUCCCACGCUGUGCUCCAAGCUGCUGGGCUUCAUCUGUGAACUGGUGGAAACAUCGCAGACGGUGCAGCAGCACAUGAUCCAGAACCGGGGCUUCCUGGUCAUCUCGUUCAUGCUGCAGCGCUCCUCCCGCGAACACCUCACCCUCGAGGUCCUGGGAUCCUUCCUGAACCUCACCAAGUAUCUGGUCACCUGCCUGUCGGCCAACAGUGAUCUGCUGCUCAAGCAGUUGUUCUGUUUCUCGUUUCUCACGUGGCAGCUGCUGGACCAUGUCCUCUUCAAUCCAGCCCUGUGGAUAUACACACCCGCGAAUGUCCAGGCGCGACUGUACUCCUAUUUGGCCACCGAGUUCCUCUCGGACACGCAGAUCUACAGCAAUGUGAGGAGGGUCAGCACCGUCCUGCAGACGGUGCACACCCUGAAGUACUACUACUGGGUGGUCAAUCCGCGGGCCAAAAGCGGCAUCAUACCGAAGGGACUGGAUGGACCUCGUCCGGCCCAAAAGGACAUCCUGGCCAUUCGGGCCUACAUCCUGCUGUUCCUCAAGCAGCUUAUCAUGAUCGGCAAUGGCGUGAAGGAGGACGAGCUGCAGAGCAUACUUAACUAUCUGACCACCAUGCACGAGGACGAGAACCUGCACGACGUGCUGCAGAUGCUCAUCUCGCUGAUGUCGGAGCAUCCCAGCUCCAUGGUACCUGCCUUCGAUGUGAAGCACGGUGUGCGCAGCAUCUUCAAGUUGUUGGCGGCCGAGAGUCAGUUGAUUCGACUGCAGGCCCUCAAAUUGCUGGGCUUCUUCCUUUCGCGAAGUACCCACAAACGCAAGUACGACGUGAUGUCGCCACACAAUCUGUACACACUGCUGGCGGAACGAUUGCUCCUCUAUGAGGAGUCUCUCUCCCUGCCCACAUACAAUGUCCUCUACGAGAUUAUGACGGAGCACAUCUCGCAACAGAUCCUGUACACACGACAUCCGGAACCGGAGAGUCACUACCGUCUGGAGAAUCCAAUGAUCCUCAAGGUGGUGGCCACCCUGAUUCGGCAGUCCAAGCAGACCGAGUCCCUGAUCGAUGUGAAGAAGCUGUUCCUGCAGGAUAUGACCCUGUUGUGCAACAGUAAUCGGGAGAACCGACGCACCGUGCUCCAAAUGUCCGUGUGGCAGGAGUGGCUCAUUGCGAUGGCCUACAUCCAUCCAAAGAGCAGCGAAGAGCAGAAGAUUAGCGACAUGGUCUACUCCCUGUUCCGCAUGCUGCUCCAUCAUGCCAUCAAGCAUGAGUAUGGCGGUUGGCGAGUUUGGGUAGAUACCCUCGCCAUUGUCCACUCGAAGGUGUCGUACGAGGAGUUCAAACUCCAGUUUGCCCAGAUGUACGAGCACUACGAACGCCAGCGUACGGAUAAUAUCACAGAUCCCGCCCUGCGUCAGGCCAGGCCCAUUAGUACGAUCAGUGGUUGGGAACGGGAGGAGCUGCAUCAGCAGCAGAAUGGUGGAUCCGCUGCAGCAGCAGUGGCUCCAAAUCAGCAAGGAGCUGCCGGAGCGGUCAAGGGUGCCGUUUCCAUUGCCUCGCUGGAGGAUGUGCCGCCCGUGGUCGAGGAGGAGGUGGAGGAACUGGAACUCGAGGAGGUGGAGAUCCAAGAGGGUCCCAUCAUCGAAGAGGCCGAACCGAAAUCCGUGAUAGCCAAUAUUUCCGAUGUCUACAACGAGCAGAUCAAAACCGAUGCCACAUGCAAUGGCAAUCUGGAAGAGGUCAAAGAGGAGGACUCUGAGAUUCAGGAACUUGUUGAAGAUCUCGAGUCCAAGCAACCGGAAGCAUCUCCGUUGGGAGCCCUCAGGGAAACCCUGCAGCUGGGCGAUGACAUGGAUGUCGAGGAACUGGAGCUGGCCACCGCCAAGGAUUCGCUCAAUGCGGAACAGCAUGUGGCGCGAGUUCUUCAGGCCUCCGAGGCGGCACUCAACGAUUGCAAAAUGGCCGUCGAUGAUGUCCUGCAGGAGUCAUCGUCUGUCCUCAAGGACGAGGAGAUCGAACUGGCGGUCAACGAAGUUGUUCAGGGUGUCCUUAACAACGAAAAGAAAUCCCAGGCCGAUAAGGAUAAGGAACAGUCCGUGGGGCAGGAUAAUGUUAAUGUUAGCCUGCUGAACAGCAAGAAUCUGCUCAACAAUAAUAAUAAUAACAAUAAUAACAAUAGUCCGAGUGCCACGCCCACAGAGCCCACGACCACGACGACGGCGACGGUGGGAGCGGAAACGGAAACGGAGGUCAAUGCCAAUGAGAUCGUGAGCAGCAGCCCACUGGCGCCCAAGGAGGAACGGAAAACGGAAACGGUAGCGGAAAAGGGAGCAACACCGGAAGUGGAAACACCGGAAACGGCCAAGCCAAGCCCCAUAGUCCCCAGCCCCGUAGUAGCAACCAAUCAAAAGACUGAAGAUGCAGCCAACAAGCUGAACAACAACGAGAAGCUGGCCGAAAUCAGCGCUAGUCCCGAGCCCAUUAUUGUGGAAACGCCAGAGGCUGAUCUUCUCCAGCUUUCCGAUACCGAAACCAAACCGGCAAGGGAAACGGAAGCGGAAGCUGAGGAUCCUGUGGCACUGGCCGUUAGGGAUAUUGUCGAGCAACUCAUCGACAAGGUGAUCGAUGCCACGGAAGCGGAAACGGCCAGUGAAAUCAAAACAGAGACCAAUAAUAAUGAACUACCCAAGGGGGAGAAACCCAAUUCAGAGCCAGGGGUUAUCGAAGUGGAAACUCCCGAGAGUCUGGCCGCUGCCGCCGAGGAAAUUGUCCAUGAGGUAGUGGAGGCAGCUCUUGUUUUGGUCCAAGAAGAGACUACUGCGGUGAAAGCGGAGGAAAAGGUAGAGGAUCUGCUUGAACUCGAUCAAAAGCCAGCGGUUACAGGCGUUCAGGAAGCUAAGGCUCUUCCAGAAGUCUCUCAAGAACCAGAGGAAGAUCUCAAAACCAAGGAGGAGCUGAAAACCGAGGAGCCCAUAGAUCAGAAGUCCCAGGAAGUACCCGCGGAACUGCCCCAAAAACAAGAGGAGCAUGUGGUGGCCAUUGUCAACCAGGUACUCGACACCCUGGUGGACGAAACCGUCAAGGCCGUGGCCGCCGAGCAAACCACCCAGACUUCACCCGCUCCCGAGGAGGAAUCACCCAAGAUUCUGACCAAGCAAUCGGGGGUGACGCCAGUGCGGGUCAAGCCCAAUGAAGUGGACUCCACCACACAGACAACGCCGAAAAAUGAGGCGGGAUCUAAUCUUCUGGUUGAAGAGGUGCAGCAAGUCCUUCAGGAGGACGAAGCUCAAACAGCCGCAGGCAUUGCCUCCCUUGAAGAUGAGGAGUACUCUAAUCAACAGACAGCAUCGGGUGUCGAAAAUCCCAACGGUCAAAUGGAGGCCAAUCAUUAUGGCCCCGGCAAUCCGGAAUCCAAGCAACAGCAACAACAGCAGCAGCAGCAGCAGCAACAACAGCAACAGCGCUCCAAAUCGGGUUCCACACGACCCAUGUUCAGUCCAGGACCAACACGUCCACCCUUCCGGAUACCGGAAUUCAAGUGGUCCUACAUCCAUCAGCGACUCCUCAGCGAUGUGCUCUUCUCGCUGGAAACGGACAUUCAGGUGUGGCGCAGUCAUUCGACCAAAAGCGUCCUGGACUUUGUCAACUCCAGUGAGAAUGCCAUCUUUGUGGUGAACACAGUGCAUCUGAUUUCGCAGCUGGCGGAUAACCUGAUUAUUGCCUGCGGAGGAUUGCUGCCCCUACUGGCCAGCGCCACGUCACCCAAUUCCGAACUGGAUGUCCUCGAGCCCACGCAGGGCAUGCCUUUGGAGGUGGCCGUGUCCUUCCUGCAGCGUCUGGUCAACAUGGCUGAUGUCCUUAUCUUUGCCACGUCCCUGAAUUUCGGUGAGCUGGAGGCGGAGAAGAACAUGUCCAGUGGUGGCAUCCUGCGCCAGUGCCUCCGGCUGGUCUGCACCUGUGCGGUGAGGAAUUGCCUGGAGUGCAAGGAGCGAACGCGCUAUAAUGUUGGAGCCUUGGCGAGAGACGUUCCGGGUGCGGCGCACCUGCAGGCCCUCAUUCGCGGUGCCCAGGCAUCGCCCAAGAACAUUGUCGAGUCAAUCACCGGUCAAUUAUCACCUGUUAAGGAUCCCGAGAAGCUGCUCCAGGACAUGGACGUCAAUCGCCUGCGUGCCGUCAUCUAUCGCGAUGUGGAGGAGACGAAGCAGGCACAGUUCCUGUCGCUGGCAAUCGUCUACUUCAUAUCGGUCCUGAUGGUCUCCAAGUAUCGUGAUAUUCUGGAGCCGCCGGCAGAGCCGCAGAUCCAGCGUCAAUCGCCAGUGCUACAGCGCACAGCAGGCGGCGAAGCCGCCAGUGCGCGUCCUUUGUUUCCCCAAUGGUCACAUCAUGUUUACCCGCAAUUCCUGCCCGAAUCGCACCAGAAUCACAACAGCAACAUGCAACACCAGCAGCAACAGCAGCAACACUACUAUCAGCAACAGCAGCAGCAGCAGCAACAGCAGGUUGCCCAUAAUCACAGCCAUCAUCACAUGACUGCUGCUUACUACCAGCAGCAGCAACAGCAACAGCAGCAACAUCAGCAAGUUGCAGGUGGACAGCAGCAACAUUCGCCCACUCCCUUGGCCACACACUCGACCAGUUCUUCGGCCAGCUCCACGGCCACAUCUCAGCCAGCAUCGAGCUCCUCGCUCUCCAGCCUGGCAUCCCAAAGUCAACAGCAAUCGCAUCGCCAGUUGCACAAGCAACAGCAGCAGCAACAGCAGCAACAUUACCAUCCUCACCAGCCGCACUAUGGCUUGAUCAAUGGCCACCAGCAACAUCAGCAGCUGAAUGGCAAACAUUAUACAGAAAAUGGAUCCGCAGCGGGAUAUCAUCCACAUCCACAUCCACAUGGUGGUGGUGGUUAUAUGCGAAAUGGAGAGUCAACAGCGGGACAACAGAAUGGUAAUUCCGACUAUCAGGCGGCAGUGGGACUGAUGAAUGGUCAUGGCUCAAAUGCAACGGCUGGUAAUAAUAAUAAUUCCAGUCUGAUGAACAAUAUGCGAAAUUUGAGGAAUGGUGGAGCAACUCCAUCAGCAUCAUCAUCGCCACCGCCACCAACAGCGGGAAACCAAGGAAUCUCGGGAAUCUCUGGCAUCUCGGGUAUCUCGGGCAUUGCAGGUGUUGCAACAACGGGUGCUGUUGUUAAUGCAAAUGCUGCUGCUGCUGGUGUUGGUGGUGUUGGUGGUGUUGGUGGUGUUGGCAUGGGCAUGGGGGGCGUGGCAGGGGGCUUGGAUGGAGGCGUGGCCUACAAGACGAGCGCCAUAAAUAAUAAUUACCGCUACAAUGGACGCAACGCAUCCGCUGGAACAGGUGGUCGCCAAAUCCAGGAUAGUGACUAUGAAAUAAUUGUUGUCGAUGAGAACAAUCCAUCCGUUUUGGCCGAUAAUGAUUCACAUUCCAGUGGACCGCCUUCCAUAAAGGCCAACCAGACAACAACAACAACAACAGCUACAACAACCCAUAUUAACAACAACAACAACAACACUAAGACAACAACAGCAAACGCUCCAACAACAACAAUUAAAAUUCAACAACAACCAUUGUCACCACCAAAGCCGUUGGUGCCACAAAAAUUGCCAAAGAGCGUCGAUUCGGAUGUGGGCUCCCUCAACAUGAACUCCACGGAGAACGAAGUGCCCGAGGUGGAGUCCUCCAGCGAGAUCCUCAUCGAUGACCACAAGCCUAGCCAUUCGAACGACGAAAGCUGGACGGAUGUGAAUCUUAACGAGGAUGCGGCCGUUCAGGCGGCCAGUGCCGGCAUGGUUGUGGGAUUGGUGGAUAAUGGUGGUAAUGUCAUAACCGACAAGCACGACCCAUCAUCGCAUCACAACCAGCAACAGCAGCAGCAGCAACAGCAACAGCAGCAGCAUCAGCAGCAGCAACAACAGCAGCAGCAUGGUUCACUUGGCAACUCGGAGCGGGGUGAUAAACCCGAUUCGGAGAUAUCGGUGGUCCGUGUACCCGAUGGUUAUGCCGGUUCCGGUGGCUCUAAUCCUGGACAAGGUCAGGGUGUCCCGCCAAAUCAGCGUCCUCGUCCCGACGAGUUGCCCAUGAAGGCUCCCGCCCUGGUGGCCCAGUUGCCACUGACCACGCCGUCGCGAGAGGCAAGUCUCACCCAGAAACUGGAAAUUGCACUGGGACCAGUGUGUCCAUUGCUGCGCGAAAUUAUGGUGGAUUUCGCUCCAUUCCUGUCCAAGACCCUCGUUGGUUCGCAUGGCCAGGAACUGCUGAUGGAGGGCAAGGGACUGACCACAUUCAAGAACUCCCAUUCGGUGGUCGAGCUGGUGAUGCUGCUCUGCUCCCAGGAAUGGCAGAAUAGCCUGCAGAAACAUGCCGGUCUGGCCUUCAUCGAGCUGAUCAACGAGGGUCGCCUCCUGUCGCAUGCCAUGAAGGAUCACAUCGUGAGGGUGGCCAAUGAGGCGGAGUUCAUACUGAAUCGUAUGCGUGCCGAUGAUGUACUCAAGCAUGCCGACUUUGAAUCGCAGUGUGCCCAAACCCUCUUGGAGCGCCGGGAGGAGGAGAGGAUGUGUGAUCACUUGAUAACCGCCGCUCGUCGUCGGGAUAAUGUGAUUGCCAGCCGGCUGCUGGAGAAGGUGCGGAACAUAAUGUGCAAUCGUCAUGGAGCCUGGGGUGAUUCCAGUGCCAACACGACGAGUGCCAGUGGUGGCGCCAUUGUGGGAGCAGUGCAAAAGAGUCCGUACUGGAAACUGGAUGCCUGGGAGGAUGAUGCCCGUCGUCGGAAGCGGAUGGUGCAGAAUCCUCGCGGCUCAUCGCAUCCACAGGCCACGCUGAAGGCGGCUCUGGAGAAUGGUGGACCCGAAGAUGCCAUCCUGCAGACACGCGAUGAGUUCCACACUCAGAUUGCCGUGUCGCGAGCCCAUCCAUCGGGUCAGCACAAUGGUGAACUUUUGGACGAUGCGGAGCUGUUGAUCGAGGAUCGAGAAUUGGAUCUGGAUCUCACGGGUCCGGUCAACAUUAGCACCAAGGCGAGAUUGAUAGCUCCGGGUUUGGUGGCCCCUGGCACUGUUUCGAUAACCAGCACCGAAAUGUUCUUCGAGGUGGAUGAAGAGCAUCCCGAAUUCCAGAAGAUCGAUGGGGAAGUUCUCAAAUACUGCGAUCAUUUGCACGGCAAGUGGUACUUCUCUGAGGUGAGGGCCAUCUUCUCGAGGCGCUAUCUCCUGCAGAAUGUGGCACUGGAGAUAUUUUUGGCCAGCAGGACAUCCAUUCUGUUCGCCUUUCCCGAUCAACAUACGGUGAAGAAGGUGAUCAAAGCUCUGCCCCGUGUUGGAGUGGGCAUAAAGUAUGGAAUACCCCAGACACGCAGGGCAUCAAUGAUGUCGCCAAGGCAGCUGAUGCGCAACUCCAAUAUGACCCAGAAAUGGCAGCGUCGCGAGAUUAGCAACUUUGAGUAUCUAAUGUUCCUCAAUACAAUCGCCGGCAGGACGUACAACGACCUCAAUCAGUAUCCCAUCUUCCCAUGGGUUCUGACCAAUUACGAGUCCAAGGAUUUGGAUCUCAGCCUGCCAUCGAACUAUAGGGAUCUAUCGAAACCCAUUGGGGCAUUGAAUCCAUCGCGUAGAGCGUACUUUGAGGAGCGUUACGAGAGUUGGGACAGCGAUACCAUACCGCCCUUCCACUAUGGCACCCAUUAUUCCACAGCGGCCUUUACGCUCAACUGGUUGGUGCGCGUGGAACCGUUCACCACCAUGUUCCUGGCCCUGCAGGGCGGCAAGUUCGAUUAUCCCGAUAGGUUGUUCAGUUCGGUAUCGCUGUCGUGGAAGAACUGCCAGCGGGAUACAUCGGAUGUUAAGGAACUGAUACCCGAAUGGUAUUUCCUCCCCGAGAUGUUCUACAACUCGUCGGGCUAUCGGUUGGGUCAUCGCGAAGAUGGUGCCUUGGUGGAUGAUAUCGAACUACCGCCCUGGGCCAAGAGCCCCGAGGAAUUUGUGCGCAUCAAUCGCAUGGCUUUGGAAUCGGAAUUCGUAUCCUGCCAACUGCAUCAGUGGAUCGAUUUGAUCUUUGGCUAUAAGCAACGUGGUCCCGAGGCCAUUAGGGCCACCAAUGUGUUCUACUACCUGACCUAUGAGGGUAGCGUCGAUCUGGAUGGCGUCCUGGAUCCUGUGAUGCGCGAAGCUGUGGAGAAUCAGAUCCGCAAUUUUGGCCAAACUCCAAGUCAACUGCUGAUGGAACCCCAUCCGCCGCGCAGUUCGGCCAUGCAUCUGUCGCCGAUGAUGUUCAGUGCAAUGCCCGAGGAUCUAUGCCAGAUGCUCAAGUUCUAUCAGAACUCACCGGUCAUUCACAUCUCGGCCAACACCUAUCCACAAUUGUCGCUGCCAUCGGUGGUGACGGUCACGGCGGGUCACCAGUUCGCGGUGAAUCGAUGGAACUGCAACUAUACCGCCUCCGUCCAGAGUCCCAGCUACGCCGAAUCGCCCCAAUCACCGGGAUCCAAUCAGCCACUGACCAUCGAUCCGGUUCUGGCUGUCCAUGGUACCAACAAUAAUAGCAAUGCGGUCAGUCGACGACAUUUGGGUGAUAACUUCAGCCAAAUGCUCAAGAUCCGAUCGAACUGCUUUGUCACCACGGUGGAUAGUCGGUUCCUCAUCGCCUGUGGAUUCUGGGACAACAGUUUCCGGGUGUUUGCCACCGAAACAGCGAAAAUCGUGCAAAUUGUGUUCGGACACUUUGGAGUGGUGACCUGCAUGGCCCGUUCCGAGUGCAACAUCACCUCGGAUUGCUACAUCGCCUCCGGAUCCGCCGACUGCACGGUGCUCCUGUGGCACUGGAAUGCCCGGACCCAGAGCAUCGUGGGCGAGGGCGAUGUGCCCACUCCGCGGGCCACCCUAACGGGUCACGAACAGGCGGUGACCUCGGUGGUGAUCAGUGCCGAACUGGGUCUGGUUGUCUCGGGAUCGUCAAAUGGACCCGUGCUAAUCCACACCACUUUCGGCGACCUUCUGCGCUCGCUGGAUCCACCGGCGGAGUUCCACUCCCCGGAACUGAUCACCAUGUCCCGCGAGGGCUUCAUUGUCAUCAAUUACGACAAGGGCAAUGUGGCCGCCUACACCAUCAAUGGCAAGAAACUGCGCCACGAGACGCACAACGACAAUCUACAGUGCAUGCUGCUGUCGCGCGAUGGUGAAUACCUGAUGACCGCCGGCGAUCGCGGCAUCGUGGAGGUGUGGCGCACCUUCAACCUAGCACCACUUUAUGCCUUCCCCGCCUGCAAUGCGGGCAUCCGAUCUUUGGCCCUCACCCACGAUCAGAAAUACCUUCUGGCCGGACUUUCGACGGGCUCGAUCAUAGUAUUCCACAUCGAUUUCAAUCGCUGGCACCAUGAGUACCAGCAGCGCUACUAAGAUUGGAAACUUGGACAUUCCAACGACCCACGACUCGCCAGUUAACAGAGGCCAAGGAAACGGAAACGGAAACGAAAACGGAAACAGAAACGAACAUUGAAAUUGAAACGGAACCGGAAAUAAAAAUAUGGAAACGAUCGCAAAGCAACUACGAAGUACUUAAAAAACGUCGGCAAUGAGGGAGGAUCGGUUUUUUUCUAUAUAGACCUUUACAACUCUAGGCUAAUAAGCGAAACUAUGUUUUUUUUUGUCUAGUAUUAAUUGUGCAUUAGUGUGUGUUGAUGGCCAACAAAAGCCAGUCAAAGCAAAAGAAAAAAUUAAGAAACAAAAAAAAGAGAAAGGAACAGAACAGAAGAUAAAAAAACAUUUUUUUUACUAGUAUUAACGAAAUGUAUGUUAAGUUAUGGCAAAAUGGAGAAGCAAAUGCAAAAGGUAAAAAUGCAAAGAUGCAAAAAGGAGAAAGCGACGGUGGAGAAAGCGAGAGAAAGCAACUGGCGGCUUAAGUAAGUAGUUGAAAUAAGACAAAUGACGUUAGUGUUUAUAAAACGCAAUAAGCAGUUAAUAAAUCUAAAAAGUAAAUCUAAACCUAAAGCUAAUUUCACAUGCAUUAUAAUACCAACGUAGCAAAAGUUCUCAUAAAAAUUUAAACAAAGCAAAACGAAAAUCGCUGCGCAACGCAAAUGAAGGGAAAAAAAAUAUUGAAACUAAAGCGGCCAAAAGAGAGAUAAAAUGGUAGAGAAAGCAGAAAGCCAAUUUUUAAUUAUAGCGUUAGUUCUUUGUGACAAAAAAAAAACACACACCCCAAAUCCACACUACCACACUUUCACACACACACACACACACUUAAACAAGGUAACCAAGCAAGGACAAUGCCAAGGCAAUAAAGCUGGAAAAUAGAGGGAAAUAAAAAAGAAAGAAAGAAAGCAGGAAGCGGAAGUGAAGCAAAGUGCGGAUACGAGAUAUUUUAGUACACACACACAUGCAUAUGUAUUUGUAGCUAAACUAACACUCAACUUAACUCCCAAAAAAACAAAAAAAACGCUAACUAAAAUCUAAACAACAACUAAAUUAUCAACACUGCUAUGAGCCACAGAAAAUAAUAAAUAAACAAAUGGAAACGUAUAUGAAAAGGCAUUUUAUAUAUAUAUACAAUACACAUACAUACAUAGAUACAUACAUAUGUAUAUCCGCCGACGGAAGCGGAAUAUGCAAAACUUAUUCAAGCGAAAGGCGACGAUUUUUCGUUCUCGUUCCACAAAUAUCACGCAUACGCCACGCUGCACCGCCCGCUAAUUUCGAAACGAGAGCGAGAACAAACGACAACAAUCGAUAUAAAAAUAUAGUCUAUACAUAUAUUUGUUAUUUUUUUGGCAUUCUCUUUAAUUGUUUGUUUUUUGUAUUUUUUUUUUUAGCCAUAUUUGUUAGGUAAAAGUGAGAAAAUUUUCGAUUGCGUCCAAGAUUAGCCUAUUACCCCCUACGUCAAAGUAAAAAAUUCCCACAAAAUGAUAAAUUGGCUUCCUCGAAACAAAACCAAUCGUCCAGGAUGAGGUGUUUUAUAUAUAUAUAUAUAUAUGUGUAUAUGUAUUGACCGCAGAUUCUGCCUUCUGAUUUUCCCAAGCGAUUCGCAAAACCAAAAACCAAACAAUCCAUCCAUGGCGCACCACUCUGGCACUUACCGAUUAGAUUUGUAUAUAAGAACGAGAGCUAAGGCAAUUACUAUAACCAUACUUCAAGUAUAUAUAUAGAGUUUAUGGCUAAAAACGAACACAUUCGGUUGUAAAAGCGCAAAGGCGAUACAAAUUAAAUCGAGUCCAGCUGAAAGAAACCCUCCCCCAAAUGAAAUUGGAACCCAUAGGUAUCGUAAAUCGUAUCGUACAUAUAUGUUGUGUAGAGCUGGGGAUUCAUUUUAAAUGAAAAAAACAAGGAUGUUUCCCCAGUUCUAGUGUUGUGUCUUGUCCGAUUUGAUCUUGAGAUCAAGGAAAACCCUUAAGACAGUUGAUUUUCGAUUUAUUCAAAUCCUUUUCUGUGUGUGUUUCUUUCUUUCUUAAAUGCAGUGUUUAAUAAACUCCACAAAAUUAUCACUUAAAACACAAAUUAAAUUCGCUUUUAGUACGAAUUCGAUUAUUCCACUCUCUGUGUGUACAUAUUUAAGAAGCAUUAUGCAAAUAAAAGCUAGACGACAGUCAAAUAAAAAAAAAA